GGUGCAUUUAAUGUUUUUGCGUCUGCUGGGCUUUUGUAAAUAGCUCACCCCCGCCUGAGCUAGCUCACUGCAUGUGUGCGUGCGUGUUGUACCGCUUAAUUGUCAAGAGUGCUCUUAAUUAAUUUAGUAAUUGCUGUACGCGUGUGAUUCAAUCUGCAGUUUAAUAGGCACACUGACAAAAUGAUUCGUAAGGGCCGUAAACCAACUCCACAAAGUGAAGAGGAAAGGCUUCAGCAAGAGAAGGAAAAAGAAGAAAGUCAGCUAAGAAAGGCGGCUAACCGAAAUGCAGCAAAACGAGCGAAACGAGAACCCAAGUUCAACAUGGGUCCUGUUUAGGGCAUGCAAAGGAGUUAACUGAGAAGUCAGUGACCAACAACCAAGAACGGCAACUCAAACAGCAAGCCCAACAAAGUUCUCAUAAAACCCAACCACAAUACAACACAAAGAGCAGCAGCUCAGCUGAUUAUUAGUGCACAUAAUCCAUCCUUUUUUAUUGUCCCUAAUUAAUCAUCUAAUUGUGUGACAGGUAAUGAAGACUUGGAUUGUUUAGCGGAUCCAGAAGGCAUGGAUCAAGCACGAAUGGACCACUCAUAUGCCAAUGAAAACACAGUGAACUCUUCAGUGUUUGAUCAAGGAUCAAAGGAAAAUGCCAUCCAGCAGUUGCGAGAGAAGCUGAAAGAAUUGAUGAUUGCUUCUGAAUUGGAAGCCAAUCAAGCCAUAGCUGACUCCGUGUCCUCUGAAAUAAAAGAAAAGAAAAAAAGAAAAUCUGAAGAAAAGGAUCUUGAUUGUUUGUGGACUGAUGUUGAGUCCCUUGCUUUCAAAGCUUUUGAGCAUCACCAUGGCAUUAGGGGAUUCAGUUGCAAGAACUGUGGUGACCACCCUACUAGCACACUUACAUAAAUAGAAUGUAACAUGGAUGUACAUUAAUGGAUGUGCGACAUAGAUUUCGUACGUUCUCUGGACAUAACCUAACCAUCCAAUUUACCCCUCCGUUCGAUGUGGGAUGCGUACGUUGUAUGUAUGUACGAAGAAGAACAAUGAUUAAAGGAAUAAAUUGGCCAUAAACG